UAAUUUGGUGAAAAACCAAAACCCUAACAAGUAUAGAGUCCAUAUUCGAUCAUCCCCCCUCUUCAAAGCAGUUCUCUGCUUCUUCUCUCUCUCGCGAAGAAUCCACUUCCGAUUUCUCUAUUCUGUUAUUAAAGGAGCUGAGUUGAUAAAUCCCGAGUGAGGGUUUGGCUUCGCUCUGAUUUUACGCGAUGCCGGCUGAUAGAUUGUUUAAAGAUGAGGCUACAGAAGAAAAGGGGGAGCGGGCGCGAAUGUCUUCCUUUGUUGGUGCAAUGGCAAUUGCUGAUUUGGUCAAGACCACCUUAGGACCAAAAGGGAUGGAUAAAAUAUUGCAAUCAUCUGGUAGAGGCCGUAGUAUUACUGUUACAAACGAUGGAGCUACAAUUUUAAAGUCUCUUCAUAUUGACAACCCAGCUGCUAAAGUUCUUGUUGAUAUUUCAAAGGUCCAGGAUGACGAAGUUGGUGAUGGAACAACUUCAGUUGUUGUAUUGUGUGGAGAACUUCUCAGGGAGGCAGAAAAGUUGGUUAACGCAAAGAUCCAUCCUAUGACAAUAAUUGCAGGAUUCAGGAUGGCCGCUGAAUGUGCACUGAGUGCUUUGUUGAAGAGAGUAAUGGAUAACAAAGAGGAUUCAGAGAAAUUCAAGGAGGAUCUGAUGAAGAUUGCAAUGACUACCUUGAGUUCCAAAAUUCUCUCCCAGGAUAAGGAGCACUUUGCAACACUUGCUGUAGAUGCUGUUAUGAGACUUAAGGGAAGCACAAACUUAGAGUCCAUCCAAAUUAUUAAGAAGCCCGGAGGAUCCUUGAAGGACUCAUUUUUAGACGAAGGAUUUAUUCUUGACAAAAAAAUUGGUAUUGGGCAGCCAAAGCGCAUAGAAAAUGCUAACAUCUUGGUAGCAAAUACUGCUAUGGAUACCGAUAAAGUAAAGAUCUAUGGGGCUCGUGUUCGUGUUGAUUCAAUGGCUAGAGUUGCACAGAUUGAAGGGGCGGAAAAGGGGAAAAUGAAAGAAAAGGUGGAAAAGAUCAUUGGUCAUGGAAUUAACUGUUUUAUUAAUAGACAACUGAUCUACAACUAUCCCGAGGAACUCUUCGCUGAUGCUGGAAUCCUUGCUAUUGAGCAUGCCGACUUUGAAGGCAUUGAACGCCUCGCUUUAGUAACAGGUGGUGAAAUUGCAUCUACCUUCGACAAUCCUGAAUCUGUUAAACUUGGUCAUUGCAAGCUUAUCGAGGAAAUCAUGAUUGGUGAGGACAAGUUGAUCCACUUUUCUGGUGUCGAGAUGGGUCAAGCAUGUACUAUAGUAUUGAGAGGUGCAAGUUUUCAUGUUCUUGAUGAGGCAGAGAGGUCUCUUCAUGAUGCAUUGUGCGUCCUGUCCCAGACAGUGGUCGACAGCAGGGUUUUGCUUGGAGGUGGUUGGCCUGAAAUGGUGAUGGCAAAGGAGGUUGACCAGUUGGCACGUAAGACUCCUGGAAAAAGGUCGCAUGCCAUAGAGGCUUUCUCCAGAGCUCUCCAGGCCAUUCCUACAACUAUUGCAGACAAUGCAGGUUUGGAUAGCGCUGAGUUGAUAUCUCAGCUUCGUGCUGAGCACCACAAGGAGGAAAGCAAUGCUGGGAUUGAUGUCAUCACUGGAGCCGUAGGGGACAUGGAGAAACUGGGGAUAUCAGAGGCUUUUAAGGUUAAACAGAAUGUUCUGCUAUCUGCUACUGAAGCUGCAGAGAUGAUUCUCAGGGUUGAUGAAAUUAUCACUUGUGCUCCACGAAAGAGAGAAGAUAGAAUGUGACAAAAGUACUGGAGCACAUCUUGACAUUUAAUGUAACGACUUGUUGUUUAUUCUGGAUAUUCUAAUUAUCUAGGUUUUCCAAAGAUCUAUGGUGACUUGCUAGAAAAUUGGGUUUAGUAAAGGUAGGGUCAGGUGUUUUGAACUUUUUAAUGAGGAAAUGAUGGUGGCUGUAUUUGAAUUUUGUGUUUCUCAAGUCCUAUUUCGCAUUCUUCUCUGUUCUUUGUCUUUACUUCUAAAUUUUAAUGUUGUGGUUUGUUCUUCA